UGGCGGCGGUCCGUCGCGUCGCGUCCGCAGGGUCCGGGUCGAGGCCGAGGCCGAGGGAGGGUUGAUGGCGGCUCCUGCUCCCCCUCCUCUCCCCGCCCCACGGCCGGGCGGGCGGCGGCGGCAGAUGCUGCGGGAAUGCUGGGGCUGCCGGGUGGUGUGCGGGGGCGGCCUGAUGGCGGCGGCGGCCUGGAUCUACGCCUCGGCCCGCGGGGCAACGCAGCGCCAUUCCCCGCCCGGGAUGGGAACCGUGGGGCAGAUGGUGUUCGCCCUGGGGCUGCUGUCGUUUGGCCUGGUGGUAUUGGUAGAUCCUGUCAAUAAAUCACGGCCGAAGGAAUGAGAACACAGCCGGAAGAGCGGUGAACCUUGAUCGACCUUGCCACAGUGCAGACGGCAAACGGUGAAGACUUUGGUGAAAUCCCGCUCUCUCCUGGGGCAAAACGAUGAGGAAAGGACUGCUUAUUUUUUCCGCCGGAUUCUCGAGCUGUUCGGACAGGGCGCCCACCGUGUCAACAAUAAGACUCAUUGUGUGUGUUUGUGCUAAUCGGGGCUCCCGAUUAAUAUGUUCAGCGUGGCAAGCCACACCUGUAAUUUGAUCCAAGUAAACAAUAAGUCGCAGUGAC